UUUCAAAUGCGAACAUUGAGGGAAGGGAACUGUUUUCAGAUGUGAGUUUUCAAGCGCUUUUCUUGUGUGUGCAUCUAAGGUCGAAAGUGCACAAGUGGACAUAAGUGACUGACUUUAGGAAGUCACUCACCAUGGCCUAUCCUCAAGGCUUUCUCUUCCAACCGUCGGUGUCUCUAGCUCUCCAUUCCUGUCCCCCGUUCAGUUCCAGUGUGAUUUUAGGAGGACCAAGGACAGAGGAACUGGGCCGGUCGUCUUCAGGCUCAGCCUUCGCCCCUUACGCGGGAUCACCGGCGUUCAAUGGUUCAUCCCCCGGCUUCAAUUCUCACCUCCAGUAUAGCGGAGAGCAGACGGCGGCACUGAACUCAUUUGUGGGCUCCGCGUACGAUCCCUCAGCGGGUAUCGCUGGCUCUUUAGAGUAUCACCCGUUCGGUGUAGCAUUGGGCUAUCCAUAUGGAGACCCUGCAUACAGGAAAAAUGCUACAAGAGAUGCGACUGCCACUCUCAAAGCGUGGCUCAAUGAACACCGUAAAAACCCCUACCCAACCAAGGGUGAGAAGAUCAUGCUGGCCAUCAUUACUAAGAUGACCCUUACCCAAGUGUCCACCUGGUUCGCCAACGCCAGACGGCGGUUGAAGAAAGAGAAUAAAAUGACGUGGAUCCCGAGGAAUAGAAGUGAGGAUGAGGAAGAAGAUGACAACAUUGACCUGGAGAAGAAUGACGACGAAGAAGAGCCACUUCUGCCCACGGCAGAAAUUGGGUCGAAAAAUGAAGCAGUUGGGCAGCAUCUUAAUCCAGUGGGAAUCCCCUGUGAGAAAUACAAAGAAGACAAUAGCGGCAAUGACAUGGAACCUGUCUUAAUUGAUCCGAAUGUAAAGGACCACGGGGACAGGAGAGUGCCCGAGAUGCCACGGCCCACCACCGCAGCAUCUCCCCAAAACGCGGAAGUUGGAGUGGAAAGGGAUUCAGACUCCGCAGCCUCGGAAAGUCCACCUCCACUGAGGCGUAAUGACUCAGGCAACUCCAGCAACGCUACAUCAGUGAUUCACUCGGCCCUUCCGGCCCCGAAACCAAAACUGUGGUCGCUCGCGGAGAUUGCAACUUCUUCGGAUAAAUGUAAAGGAUGUAGUGAUGCCGCUCAGACCGUGCCCAGACAAUUACGUACAGAGAUUCCGGGCGGUAGGCCUAUGUCAUCUCCAUUACGAGACGCUUCUCAGAAUCUUUUCCCUCACAGUGCAGCCCUAUCCAGACAUGUAUAUUAUACGUCUCCCUUUUUCCAGGGUUACUCGAACUAUCAUGGCACUUUUGGACACCUGCAGAGCCCCGGAUCCAACAUGGGCUCAGCGACGCAUUUAAAUGGAUUACAUCAAACUAUGUUACACAGAGCCGAGGCUCUGGCAAGAGACAGCCAAGCCAGGAGCCAAACACAGAUAGAUAUUUGUAAAGACUUGAGAUAUGAAAUUAAGAAAGGUAUGACACAUGUCUAGUAGCCUGUGUGACAUUUGGUAAGCUAUAGGCUCCAUAUAGACAUUUUAUUUAUUGUCCAACUGGGAAAAUAAACUAUAUUUUAAGUGGGGAAAAAAAACAUAUUGAGAUGCAAAUGGUACAAUGACAAUGACUAUUCCUGAGAGUCCCUAAAAAGGCAACAAACAAUUAUUUAGGAAUGUGAACAUUCAAUUAUUACAUUUAGAAUGGUUUAAAGGAUAAUGUGGAGGGAAAAAAGUGGAUUCCUUUG